AUGGAUUCGAACGACUUUUACGGCCUCUCAAAUGUCCCUAUUCCUCGAAAAGCAGUGGAUGAAAAACAGGACGACGAUUUUCGACGUUUUUGUAAGGUCUUACUUCAUCCGUUGAUAGAAGAUUUUGUGUAGUUUUCAGGGCCAAUUUUCUGGACAAAGUGGAUGGAUCAGGUUAUGUUGAAUUAGGAAACACUUGUGUCCUGUGUUCAAUGUAAGUGGUCACAAUACGACUAAUCUAAUUUCAUUGCAGCGAAGGGCCCAUGGAGAAAGAUCGAGAAAUGGAUGAGGAAGUUGAGGAUGAGAAUCCAAUUAAGGUAUCUGAACUUGGUUGAAUUUAAAAUUGAUCUUUAGUUGACCUCAGAUGAGCUGCCAGAAGAAUCCAUAAAUGUUCUGGACCAGAUUAUGGAAACUUUUGUCCGUACAGAUCAGUUGGUUAAUGUAAGCUUUUCCAUAUCUAUUAGUUUUUUAUAAGGUGGAGAUAAAAAUCAACGUAAAAGUUGUGUGUGAUGAUGGUGGAGUGCUGGCGGCUUCAACAAUGGCGAUUGGAUUGGCCUUGGCUUCAACCAAUGUGCAGAUUUACGACGUUCCCCUUGCUUCUACAGUUGUUUUUCCCUCCAGAGCAGCUACUAGACCAUUGUUAGAUCCAACUUCUGCCGAGUGUAAAAAGGCGCGGGAGAAUGGAGGCGGAGUUCUGACUGUGGUUUCUCUCCCUGCUUUCACACAGAUAGCUCAUCAAUACAUGGAAGGGGUAAUGACUGCCAAACAAAUCACCUUAGCGACCGAAUUCGCAUUUAAAAACUCGUUGAGAUUAUACGAGGAGGUCUGUCAGACCUUAAAGAACAUGGCCAAGUAGCUCUUUAUUCAUUUUGUUGUUGUUAUGCACUGGUUUUAAUAUAUAAAUAAAGGAUUACCUCGUCGAAGUUAAUAACUCAGUAUCUUUGAGCCAAUUUAUGGUAUCUAUGGUAACGUGAAAUAGUGGCCUCAGGGGAAACACAGGCAUGGGUAACCCAAAGAUGCUGCCAAUCUAUUGAGACCAGCCCUUCCCGCUUCAGCUAAAGUGGCGACUGAACGUUGCUCGGCCUCCGAAGAGCUCCCCAGCUGCUCCAGUUCGAACGGCUCGGCUCGACCCAAGCCCCCUCUCAACUAUAGUCGGCAAUCUACCGACUGUGCCGACUUCCAAGUCGACAAUUUAUGCUCCUUCGAGGAAUUCCUCCGCUUGGAUCCGGAUUCAAUCACUCUGGAGGACAGGCGAUCAUCAUCCAGUCACACCAACCAAGCCUUCGUCUCCGAGCCCGCAGUUCGGCCACAACGAUUAGUCGAGCAAACGCGCUUUGUGGGGGUUUAUCACAAUAACCACGAGCAGAUUGACUUUUUCGCCACGGACGGUGAGUGGGAAAGGAAAUGGACUGACACGCAAUUCUCUGUCCUCUUCACAAACAUAAUCUUCCAAUCCAGUAACUGCGCCUUUUAGACGUUAAUUACACUGCGGCACCUUUGGAAUCCGGCGUUGUAUCUUUGAAUUGGUCUUUGCCCGAAGGCGCAAGGGAUCCCACUCGUACAAUAACACCUCGCGCGUUAAGCGUCUCACAACUCACAACUCAGGUACGGUUUUUCAAUUUUUGGCACUUUUUAAGAACACAUUUUAAAAUCGUAAUAAUAACAAUUUAAAGAUUUAAAACACGAUUUUUGAGUCAUAGCAGCGGUGGUCUCAGGAAAAUACCGGUUUUGAGAUUUUUGGCAUAAGAUAAUCGCUAGCGCUUGUGGAAGAAACGCAAACAACAUUUUUGCCCAAUUAUGCCCGGAAGGCAUAUUAUUUCUACAAAAUGCGUUUUUAUAUUUCAAAGCUUCUGGAGGCCGAUGCGGUCCGACUACAGAGAUAAAACCUGACAUAAAGGGGUUUAUGAUACUCAGGAAUUCGACAAUCGUAGAUUCUUUAUUGUGAAAUUACGGUAACAUUGGUGAUACUGUAAUCCGGUUGAUAAAAACCGACCCUAACUUCUUUAGAUCAAAAAUGCCUCAGGAUUUUAUCGCAGAUUCGGAGUCAGCAUAAAAUUCUGCUUUGGAUACAAGUAAAAUAAUAUGUUCAAAAUUCCGUGCCCCAACCUCCAUAGUAUAGUGGUUGUGCGCCAGAAUUAUAAAAAAAUUUGGCGACCCAGGUUUGAUCCCGCAGUUCCUGAAAAAGGCGGAAAUUCGCUAUAAAAAGGCUGUUAGCUAUUGAGCCAAAAAUCUCAAAAUCAAAAUUUUCCUAAUGUAAAACCGUCCCACACUACCGGCUGACGCAGUGACUCAAAAAUCGUGUUUUAAGGUUCGUAUUACCAUCUCAGGGAAACAACUACAGGGUGGGCCACUCGAAACUACCCUCCUGUAUUGGUUAAUUUCCCCGUCAAUCCUGAAUCAAUGUUUCCGAAAUUUUGGAUUAUUCAAAUUGUAACCCUGAAAUAGUGCAUUAAGCAUCCUGAAAACAAAAUAACAGCGGAUCCUUAAAUUGUUUUACCGAUUUUGCGGUCCAAAAUCAAAACUCAAACCAAGGAAGUCACUGUAAAUUGCAAUGUUGCCCUAAAGUCCUGAAAUUUUAGCAGGGUAAAAAUAGGAAUUUUACCAAUCCAAAAUUUAGGAAAGACUGAUUCGGGAUUGACGGACCAAAACAAGAAGGUAAUAUCGAUUGGCCCACCCUGUGUGAUGAUUACUUAUUCCAAUGUAGGCCCCACAAAGUCCUGUUCCGCCGCCAGCACGUCUUCACCCUGUAAUUCACCGAGGCUUUAAAGCUUGUUUAUGUGACGCCUUCUGUCCCCCGGACCGCUCACACGAAGCCAACAAUCCUGGCGACACCAUGGCUAGCGAUAAUAAUUGUUGGUCAUCGUUUCUAAACAUCAUCCCUUGUUACAAACAGGACCGUUCAGCUCAAUACACAAUAGGACAGACUACUGCGGCAAGCCAAGGAUAUUCGUGGUAAGAGAAAUUCGUAUUUGUAAAUGUAAUUUCAGGCAGAGGGAGUCAAGACCGGCUAUUGGGGAUGUUCAAUUCAAAGAUCUUCAAGACCAGGUUAUGGUCAAAAGACGAGGCGAUGUUCAGGGAGAGCAAUUUAUCAUCGACAACUGUAAGGUGAGUCCGAAGGUUGUUUUGUGAAUCCCUUUCAGAACUGUUUGCUUCUCAUAUUGGAUACAGUAUCAUCGGUUACAAUCGACGAUUGCGAAGACUGCAUUAUAAUCAUCGGACCUUGCAAAGGCAGCGUUUUUGUUCGUGACAGUGUGCGGUGCUCUCUUUUCACAUCGUGCCAACAGUUCAGAACUCGCGAUUGUACACUAAUGGUGCACUUAUUUUGCUCUACAAAACCAAUAAUCGAAGAUUCCAAAGUUGAAUUCUUCCCUUUGUUUCUCAGGUACCCUUUCAUAGAAGGUGAGUUGAAUACUAUUGACAAGAAAACUUGUCGAAGAAAACCUUUUGGAAUCCUCGCUGCCCCCAUUCACCAACCAUUGGCAUCUAAUACACGACUUCACACCCGAAACGUCUAAAACUGAGUUGUCAGAUCAUCCCAAACCCUUGAGUUCUAUCUAUGCUCCGAGUAUCGAAUGGAUCUCCGAGCUAAAACAAGAAAGAGUUACGGUAUCUGAGAGCGAAUCCUUCUUUUUCUACAAUCCAUCAAAAGUGGAGAUAGAUAAUCAAACCGAAGACAUAACGGUUAUAAUUUACAACUUACAAAAGGAUGCAACCCAAGAUCAACUAUGCAUGUUCUAUCAGACAUGCUGGUCAAUAACAAGAAGGUUGAUUGCGGACAACAACUUGGCUCGGAUGAUCAAUUCACAUGACCUCGUCCUUAAAGAAGGGGAGAUGGCAAAUGUCCUCGGACAGAAGAAAAAUAAGCUAAGCGGUAAACCUUUGAAACGCGUUCAUUUAUAUUAGUUACAGGGCGGAUAGUCGUAACUGCAAUGGCGGGUUCAACAGGACGCAGUAGAACAUUCAUAGAGAGCAUUGUCGCCCCAACAAACUACCCUAAUAUGACUGUUCAGGUGGUCCCAAAAGAGCAAACGGAGAAGUAUCUCAAAGCAUUCAACAGGCUCUCAGAUCUCCAGAGUAAUAUUUAA